GCGGCCACUUUCCUCACAUUUUAGACCUAAGGAUAUUACAAGCAAAUAGUUUUUGCUAACACCACCAUCACACGAGCACUAUUCCGAUCUUUCUCCCUCUCAGAGUUCAGCGCAUACACCAGCACACGAGCACUGCUAGUCUUUAAUCUGAUUGUUUGUUCUUUAUGUGCCUUCGUCUUUGCAAAUUCUAGAGAGUUUCAGGUUGUGAGAACUAUUCCGAUCUUUCUCCCUCUCAGAGUUCAGCGCAUACACCAGCACACGAGCACUGCUAGUCUAUAAUCUGAUUGUUUGUUUUUUUAUGUGCCUUCGUCUUUGCAAAUUCUAGCUAGUUUCAGGUUGUGGGUUGCAUAGAAAAAUGGGCGGUAAGCUUAGUAUACUAGAAAACAGGACUUACUACAGCAUAGAACUCAGGAUGUGGGUUCACCCUGCUAGACCUGACAAAUUUGAGAAAAUUAUCAGGAUAAAGCCAGGUGGAACCACAAGAGUAACGGCCAAACAGGGUCUUCUUGAUUUUGACAAAGUAUUAGUAAUGGUGUAUGCAAAUGGAGUUUGGACAGGUAACUACAUCUUUCCACUCCACCUGAUGACCUAUGCGAAAGUCAUCUGCGACAGAAACCAGCACGGCGGUGUCAUUAUUCGAGGCAAAAGAGCAUUCAACUUUUGCAGACUCAAAUGUUUUGCCUUCAUUCCUGCAAAAUAUGUGGGACUGGGAAUGAUCGAAGAGGAGAUAUAAGCCAGGGCCAGCAAGUUUGGUUAGUCACUCUAAUAUCACUCUUCUUAUUAGUCACCAAAGAUUAGUGCAGCAACACCAUCAUGACGUACCAAAGAACUCAUUAUAGAACGACUGAUCCAUAAACGUUUACUCUAUGUUCGUUCGUUGAAGGCCUGUGGAAACUCCUGACAUGUCUGUUUGGAGCUGAUCUUUUCUAUUUUGGCUGCGUCAGCUGCCAAGUGAAGCUGAAAUACCAAUUAUGCACGUCUAACAAAGCAUUUGUCCUUUUUUGAUGUGUUUGGUGAUUGGGUAAUAGGUACUACUAUUGUCAAGCUUUUCCAACUGGUUUUAAGGUUUUUUGUUCGUCAUGGCAAACAUUUGAGGCGUGUGAACAUUAUUCUUGCCAUGUAUCCUUGUAAUAUGGUUUCAAAUAAUGGUUUUGAAACUGUUUGGAAAAUCUCUGUUAUAUAUAUGUCCACAACAGCUAUAUGUCCGUAUGUUAGUUGCUUUGAAAGCCUUGAGGAGUUUCUGUAACAUAUUACUAUAUUUGGGGGAAAUUCUAUACCAGAUUACUGUGCAUAAUUAAUUAUGCCA